AUAAGAAAUAGAGAAACCAAAAAGUCACACUCAGAAAGCCUGCACCAAAAUUCUUACUCAAACCCACAAGGAAAGAUAAGAAAGAAAGUAGGGAAAAGGAAGCGUUGAAGAAACUCAAUUUCCCCCAAAAAAAAAAACAAAAAAAAGAAAAGAAAGAAAGGAAGAAAUGUUAAACUUUCUUCCAUAAUUUUCUUUGCUUCAACGCGUAAUUAGCACCUUAGAAUUUUUCUAAUUUUCCCACUUGUAAUAUCUCGUGUAUUUAAAAAUACAAAGUUUUUAGGUUUAUUAUUCAACUGUUGAAGCUUCAAACAUCAUAACUACCCAACAACAAACAAUAUCAACAACAACAAUUUUAACAAGGGGUAUGUUUCCUUUUUCUAUAUUUGAACCCAAUUUCAAGAUUAAUUGAUAAAGUUUUCUACUUUUUUGGCGAUUUUUUUGAUCUGGGUUUUUAGGGUUUUGUUCUGUUGUAAGAGAUUUCGUCAAUUUUUUUAUUUGGGUAUUUUUUUUGAUUUGGUUAUCCAGUAGAGAAGUAUUUAGAUUUUGGGGAUUUGGGUAAUAUUGGAAAACCCUAAAAUUUGGGGUUGAGAAUGGCAACAGCGGCUGCAUUUUCGUCGUUGCGCCGACGAAGGUCACCGCCUUUGGAGGCAUUUCUUGCUCCGGUGGACCUGACAGAUGGAGGAAUUAUCAGAACGUUGUUAUCUGUAGCUAAUGAAUUAGUUGAAUUGCAUUCUGGGAAGAAAUUGCCAUUUCAGAGGAAGAAUUUCAUGUCUCUAGUUAGGAAGAUUGAGGUGUUUGUUGUUGUUUUGGAUUUCCUGAAGGAUUUUCGAUCGUUUUCGAGGUUUUCUUACACGGCGAUUUUGUGCUUUAAAGAGCUUUACUUGGUGUUCUAUAGGUGCAAAAUAUUGUUGGAUUAUUGUUCACAAUCUAGUAAGUUGUGGGUCCUUUUGCAAAACCAGUCAAUUUCAGGGCAUUUUCAUGAUCUUAAUCAAGAAAUAUCGACCCUUUUGGAUGUUGUUCCAAUUAAAGAGCUUGGUUUGAGUGAGGAUGUUAGGGAGCAGAUUGAGUUGUUGCAGAGACAGUUGAGUAGAAAUAAGUGCUUUGUGGAUAAGCGCGAUGAGAUGUUAAGGCAUCGGUUGUAUUCUUUCUUGUAUGAAUUUGAGAAGGGGCAGAUACCUGAUACAAAUGACCUUUGGUUUUUCUUUGUCGACCAGUUGAGGAUUCGCGAUGCCAGAAGUUGCAGGGCGGAAAUUGACUUCUUAGAGGAGCAAAUUGUUAAUCAUGAGGGUGAUGUAGAACCCACUGCUUCAGUGCUUAAUGGGUUUGUGGCCCUCACACGUUAUUGCAGGUUCUUGCUAUUUGGGUUUGAAGAGGAAGAGAUGGAAAUGGGAGCUGAGAGCCACAACAAAAUGAGGAAAGGACUGAUGACUCAAGAAAUAGCUGAUACUUUCCUCACAAUUCCAAAGGAUUUUUGUUGCCCCAUAUCGUUGGAUUUGAUGCAAGAUCCAGUGAUUGUAUCUACUGGGCAGACCUAUGACCGUUCUUCAAUAUCAAGGUGGUUGGAUGAAGGACAUUACAGUUGUCCGAAGACAGGUCAAAUGCUUGCCCAUACAAGGCUGAUUCCUAAUCGGGCGCUUAGAAAUCUGAUUACAAAAUGGUCUGCAGCUCAGGGAAUUCCUUAUGAGCAACCAGAGGGUGCAGAGUUCUCUUCAGAACUUGCUGCUGCUUCAUCUACAAAAGCUGCAGUUACAGCAAACCAGGCUACAGCUUAUCUCCUUAUCCAGCAACUUGCUUCGGGGUCAGAGGACGCACAAGCAAUUGCUGCCCGGGAGAUCCGGUUGUUGUCAAAAACAGGGAAGGAGAACCGUGCUUUUAUUGCAGAAGCUGGUGCAGUUCCUCAUCUCAGGCGGCUGUUGUUAUCAAAAAAUGCAAUUGCUCAAGAGAAUUCUGUCACUGCAAUGCUUAACUUAUCCAUCCAUGACAAGAAUAAGGGGAAAAUCAUGGAUGAAGAAGGGUGUUUGAGUUCUAUUGUUGAUGUUUUAAGGUUUGGGCAAACAACAGAGGCCAGAGAAAAUGCGGCUGCUACCUUGUUUAGCCUAUCAGCAGUUCAUAACUAUAAGAAGAGAAUUGCUGAUGAAAAUGGGGCAGUUGAAGCUCUUGCUAACCUGUUGAGGGAUGGGACUCCCCGAGGGAAGAAAGAUGCAGUGACUGCUCUGUUUAAUCUUUCAACACAUACAGAAAAUUGUUUGCGGAUGAUAGAAGCAGGGGCAGUGACAGAAGUUGUGGGAGCUAUAGGAGUUGACGGGGUAUCAGAAGAGGCAGCAGGGGCAUUGGCUUUGAUAGUGAGGCAUCCUGCUGGGGCUGAGGCUGUGGGCAGGGAGGAAAUGGCGGUGGCUGGUUUGCUCGGAUUGAUGCGUUGUGGAACCCCCCGAGGAAAGGAGAAUGCAGUUGCUGCAUUGCUUGAGCUUUGUCGGAGUGGUGGGGCUGCUACCACCGAGAAGGUGCUCAAAGCACCGACCUUGGCAAGUUUACUUCAAACCUUACUGUUUACUGGGACAAAACGGGCUAGGAGAAAGGCAGCCUCCCUUGCCAGGGUUUUCCAAAGACGAGAGAAUGCAGCGUUGCAUUAUGGUGGUUUAGGUGUUGGAUAUCAGUUAGCUGGGAACUCAAUAACGAAUAGAGAUACAAGCUUUAUUCGUGAUGUGUCCGUGCCCAUGUCAAUAUCAGUUCCCGUUGCGCAAGGGUAACUGCUCAUUUGCACCCCUUUGUUUUUAUGUUUGUACAUGUAUAUCUUUGUAUUCUCAAAUUUUGGUUGGAAACUUUACAUUCUUUCAUUCAAAUAUGAGGCAAGAGUAACAAAAAUUAGCAAUACUAUUAUACCUACUUGGCUACUUAGUAUGUGAUCUGUACGUUGUUUUCGAGUAUCAAAUAGUUGAAACUUUUUUGUAAUUUCAUCAUCCUACAAAAGAUAAUUCUUUUUCUUGUUGCA